AUGGCUGGGACAAAGCCCUCUUACCACAUUGCGUCCAUUCCCGGCGAUGGCAUCGGCAUUGAGGUGGUCGCUGCAGCGAUCCAGGUGGUCGAGAAGCUAGCCAAGCACCUGGGGACUUUCGACAUCGAUUUUACGCACAUUCCAUGGGGAACGGCUUACUACAAAGAGCACGGUCGCUAUGUCUCUGAAGACGCAUUGGACACGCUACGUCGCUUCGAUGCGACGCUCUUCGGCGCUGUUGGUGCUCCGGAUGUCCCCGACCACAUUUCCCUCUGGGGUCUGCUUCUCGCCAUCCGAGGACCCUUACAACUGUAUGCCAACGUCCGACCGGUGCGCACAUUCCCCGGGACAAAAUCGCCCCUCGCGACGGCCGCCAACGGAGCCAUCGACUGGGUUCUCGUUCGGGAAAACUCCGAGGGUGAAUACUCCGGCCAGGGCGGCCGGUCCCAUCUCCACCAGCCGUGGGAGACGGCCACCGAAGUGGCCAUCUUCACCCGCGUCGGGAUCGAACGCAUCAUGCGCUUCGCGUUCGAGACGGCGCGCUCGCGGCCCCGGAAACUGCUCACGGUCGUGACAAAGAGCAACUCGAUGCGAAACGGGAUGGUGCUCUGGGACGAGAUUGCCGCGGAGGUUGCGCGCGAUUUCCCCGACGUCACUUGGGACAAGAUGCUGGUCGACGCCAUGACGGUCCGGAUGGUCACGAAGCCCGAGUCCCUCGACACGAUCGUGGGCACGAACCUUCACAUGGACAUCCUGUCUGAUCUCGCUGCGGCCCUGGCUGGAUCGAUCGGCGUCGCGCCCUCCAGCAACCUCGACCCGACGCGGAAGAAUCCGUCGCUCUUUGAGCCCGUCCACGGCAGCGCCUUUGACAUUACAGGGAAGGGCAUCGCGAAUCCGGUGGCGACUUUCUGGUCGGCGGCAGAGAUGCUGUCCUGGCUGGGGGAGAAGGAGGCGUCGAAGCAGCUGAUGGAGUGCGUGGAACGAGUGUGCGCGGCGGGAAUCGUAACGCCGGACUUGGGAGGCUCGUCCAAGACGCAGGAGGUGACGGACGCGGUGAUUGCUGAAAUUGAGAAGCUACCAAAGCCUUGA